AUGCCUCUAAAUAUAUUGGAAAGACUGAUCACUUCACUGAUAAGGAGUCUUAUCAACGUUGAGCACAUAUCCAUAAUCAUGGAUGGUAACAGGCGAUUCGCAAAGGAAAAGGGAAUCCACUCCUCCCUGGGACACUAUAUGGGAUCAAAAACCCUCAUUCAAAUCAUAGAAAUAUGUAUUAGAUUAAACAUAAAAAUUUUAUCCGUUUUUUCGCUUUCCUUGUUGAAUUAUAACAGAAGUCCCGAGGAAGUGCACUUUCUCUUUUACUUAAAUCUACUCAUUUUGAUUAAUGAGGAUAUAUUUAUGAAUUUCAUAAGGGACAAUAAAAUAAGAGUCAAAGUAAUUGGAAACCUCUCCUACAUUAAUGAAGCAUACCGGAAAAUUAUCUACGAGGUAGAACAGAAAACAAAGCAGUUUGACAACCUUACGCUGAACAUAUUCUUUUCAUAUACCAGUAGAAACGAAAUGAGCUUAUGUAAAUUUGACCCGAAUUUGUAUUAUAAUACUUAUAAGAAUCUCUUAGAGGAACAAAAAAUAUCCUAUUCUACCUCGACAUUAGCAAACAUGAAAAAUCAAAAUAAAUGCGAAUAUUUAGAACAUAUAAUGAAAAAAGAAAGAACUGAUCCUAAGGAAAUUUAUGAAGUAGAUUGUAUAUGUGGGAAACGAGCUUUCUUAAAUCAGAAGCAAAUAAAAAUAGUUAAUUACUAUAAGAAGCUGCUUACAUGCGAUAUGCCACCUCCGAAUAUUUUGAUAAGGACUUCGGGAGAGAAGAGGCUAUCGGAUUUUAUGCUAUACCAAAUUUCCGAAUUUACAGAAAUUUAUUUCAUCAAUGAGUACUGGCCAGCGUUUAAUUUUUUUCAGUUCAUAUAUGUUAUUUUGCACUACACAAUUUUUCAGACAACCAAAAUAGCUUUUUCAUACUCAAAUCCGUGUACACAUUAA